AUGACAGCAGAACUUAACCCUUCUCAUAAAAUUCCUCAAUUGUACCUUCUAAUAUUUUCUUUGCUCAACUCUUCUGCAAAAUUGAGUCGAGAGAAAUUCAAUGCCGAUCCAAAAAAUCUACAGGGCAAAAACAACAAAACCCAGAUCUCCAAUACGCAUAAUCGUAUCCCCCAUUGCUUGCAUUGCGUUAUUGUACCUUGCUUCAUCUGUAGUUUCACAAUUGGGUUUUCUUUUCACUCUCCAAGAAGUCUAAAGAACUUGGCAAAGAACCCGAAGAAUCAUCGAACUGGGCACGAGAAAUACUUAUAUUGGGGGAGUAAAAUUGACUGCCCUGGAAAACACUGUGAGUCCUGCGAGGGUCUGGGCCGCCAAGAGUCCAGCCUUAGGUGUGCCCUUGAAGAAGCUUUGUUUCUUGAAAGGACUUUUGUGAUGCCUUCUAGGAUGUGCAUAAAUCCAAUCCACAAUAAGAAAGGGAUUCUUCAUUCAUCUGGAAGUAUGAUUUCAGAGGAAAGGUGGGCAGCUAACUCUUGUGCUAUGGAUUCUUUGUACGAUCUGGACCUAAUAUCCAACGCAGUACCUGUAAUUUUGGAUAAUUCAAAGCAGUGGCAUCACGUCCUUUCAACUAGCAUGAAAUUGGGAUCCAGAGGGGUAGCACACGUACAAGGGGUCAGCCGGGCCGAUCUCAAAGAGAAGAGUUUGUACUCAAAUAUUUUACUCAUAAAUCGAACUGCGAGCCCUCUAUCAUGGUUCAUGGAGUGCAAGGAUCGAAACAACCGCAGUUCUAUCAUGUUGCCUUAUUCAUUUCUUCCUUCAAUGGCUACAAAGAAGCUACGUGAUGCAGCAGAAAAGAUCAAGGCGCUUCUUGGUGAUUAUUAUGCUAUCCAUGUUCGUCGAGGUGAUAAACUGAAAACUAGGAAGGACAGAUUUGGGGUUGAUCGGAGCUUACAUCCUCAUCUAGACAGGGAUACACACCCCGAGUUCAUUCUUUGUAGAAUUGCAAAAUGGGUUCCCCCUGGACGAACCCUUUUUAUUGCCUCUAAUGAAAGGAAGCCAGAAUUUUUUUCACCUCUGGCUGUGAGGUACAGAUUGGCAUAUUCUUCAAAUUAUAGCAGUCUUUUGGAUCCAUUAGUUGAGAACAAUUAUCAACUAUUCAUGGUUGAAAGGCUUAUAAUGAUGGGUUCCGAAACGUUUAUUAGGACAUUUAAAGAAGACGAUACAGAUCUCAGCCUCACUGAUGAUCCAAAAAAGAACACCAAGGCAUGGCAGAUACCAGUUUAUACCAAUGAUGGAGAGUAAUGUUAAUCUCUUAGUUCUCUUAAUACAGCUAGUGCUAGUUACCAAUGAUGGAUAGUAAUGUUAAUCUCUUAGUUCUCUUAAUACAGCUAGUGCUAGUUAUCUAUAGAUAGGACUGGACACUAAUUUUGAAUUUGGCUUGUUUCUCUUUCUUAUUAUUGUCUAGUGCUAUCUAAUUGCAGAUUCUCAUAUAUUGAUCGUCUCUUGUUCGAGGGACUAUUGCAUCAAAAAUGGGGAUUCUAUUGCUUUU